AUGCAAAGCUCUCGGGCGGCCGGUAUGGACACAAAUUUCACUGAUGUUUCCUGGGGGCAGGGUUUCUCUGACUCCAGUCAGGAGCCAGUCUGGUCCUCCACUGCUAACUGCGUGGUGAAGGUGGUGCUCAUAUCUCUCAUUGUGUGUGUGUCCUUGUUUGGGAAUGUGGUGGUUCUGCUGGUAUUCCAGAGGAAGCCUCAGCUACUUCACGUGGCCAACCGCUUCGUCCUCAACCUGCUCCUCGCAGACCUACUGCAGACCAUAUUAGUCAUGCCCUUUGCCAUUGCAGCCACCGUGCCAGGUGUGUGGCCCCUGGAUGCCCGACUGUGCCAGGCCCUGGUGGUGCUCAUGCACCUUUUUGCAUUUGCCGGGGUUAACACCAUCAUAGUUGUAUCUGUGGAUCGCUACCUUGCCAUCAUCCACCCUCUGUCAUAUCCCACCCGCAUGACCCCUCACCUGGGCACCAACCUGAUCAUCUGCACAUGGGUGCUCAGCUUCCUGCAGAGUACACCUCCCCUGUACGGUUGGGGGGCCAUUGACUUUGACCGCCAUCACAGUGUGUGCUCAGUGGUGUGGUCCUCUAGCUUGUCCUACUCUGCUGUGGUGUCCACCUUUUCUUUCUGGUUGCCUGUGCUCAUCAUGCUCGGAUGUUACUGGAUGGUGUUCAGAGCGGCUCGGAGGCAGAACGCUCUCGUGCAUCCCAUACAGACACAAGCCUACUCCCAGCCCUGUCCACAGGACUUCCAGGGACCCAGCAGUCCGCAGCGGCAGCCCCAGGCCCAGCCGGCCAGUUCACCUGAUGGGCCCUACUCAGCCAGAGGAUACCCUGUUCGAGUGAGGCACAGACGCUUCCACUACCACUGCAAGGCAGCUCGUGUAGUUUUUGUGAUCAUGGCUUCAUAUAUCCUCAGCAUGGGGCCUUACAGCAUACUGAAUACUAUAUCUAUGAGCACCAGAGCAGCCAUACCCCCGUGGUUGUCCUCCCUUGCCCUUGUGCUCUUUUUUUUACAGUGCUGCCUACACCCCUACAUUUAUGGUUACAUGCACCGUAGUGUGAGGAAGGAAUUCCUUGCUUUGCUUUGUGGACUGUUCUGCAAACAGGGCCGUCCAAGCCAGAGCUCAGCUGUAGAGAGCUGCUUCACUACUACAGAGGGACGCUCAGGUGCCCACCCUCACCUGCCCAGCCUGGCUGCUCGAGUCCUCCCUCUGCGGACUUGGGAAGAAUGCACAACAUCCUCCACUCCCACUUUUGAGAGGAAGUCAAGGGACAGCCGUAAAGAGACCACGUCUACCAGCAUCAGCUCUGAGAGGGAGCUCACGGUCCACAGCAAACAAAGCACAUAAACUGCCUUGAGGAUCCAUCACAUAGACCACAUUUGCUCUUAUUUGAGGAGAUUGUCAUACAGUGUGUUCACACAUAUGCUAAUAUGCCUUCUUUACAACAGGGUCAUUCAUUCUGAAGUUGCAUUGUAGUGGCACUUAAUCACCAACAUAACAAUCUUUUACAAUUUUUUCAUCAGCCUGAUUAACUCGAAGUCAGAUAUAUCUCUUUGUAAAAAACUUGGUCCAUUUAUUGUUGUAUUAUGAAUUUGUAACAGAAUCGGCUGUGUGAAAGAAAUCUUAGAUAAUGAGUAUCUAUUUUCACUAAGUCAUAUGAAGAAAACAGAAGGUUUUAUAUGUAAACCACAUAAAUCAGACUUUGUGCAGUUGUUCUUAUGUUUUGUCUCUACAAACCGUCAUUACUAUUUUAUAUGAAUGCAAUUAUUGUACAAGCUACUGUUACAUAAAACGGGCAAACGGACUAAAUUUUAGAGUAAAACCAGAAAUUACAUUUAAUUUGUAUUUUGCGUCUUUGCCUGCAAGUCUAUUGUCAAUGCCACUGGGUUUUUUUUUAAUCUAGACUUGCUGUGUAGAGAUAGAAAUUGCUAUGUUGGAUCAAAGUGGUUGGUGUCCUGAACACUUUGCUUUAAUUAUGGGCCAUAUAUGUCUCUGAUAAGAUAUUGAUCUGCAGUAUAUGUGCAACUACUCUAUCUCCUUUAAACUUUUUGUGUGUUGUAUUUUCUGUGAUCCUGCCGGAGGGCAGAGGAUGUAGGCUACUGUCCUUGUGUUAGUGCAAGCAAGCUUCGCCUGCAUCUAAUGAACUCAGGGUUUGCUUGUGGAAAAAUACAUAGUGCCCGUCUCUGUUCUUGAAUCUUGUUGAGCAAGUGAACAUAAGUGUGUUUACGUCUUUGUCGCAGUAACUCUUCUUAGUCUUAAAGCGCCUUUUGAGUAAAUGAGUAGAAUAGUGAUUCAUGGUGCCUGUUAGUUACAAAACACACAAGGGUUGGUGACUUCCUUUCCCUGAUGGGAGGGCCACGCAAACAAGGUUGUCUUAGCCUCUUUGUUUCCUUUAACUCUUGUUCAACUUAGGUGAAAUUUAGCAUCUUAAUUCAGUGCCACUGUAUAUUUGGACUCAGUAUUUGCUGCCUUUGUAAUGUCAGCCUCUCUUUGAGGAAGUGCAGUAUUUUUGUUAAAAAAAAGUACAGUGUGUACAGAGCAGGGUAUGCUCAAAAGAUAA